AUGCUCUCUGCUUCCGGCCUAGUUUUCGUUCUGUUCGCCCUAGCGGUGGGCCACGACAGUGUACUGGCCGUUUCGACAUCUCGCGAGUUACGAUGUGGUCGGCGACUAGUGUCAGGGCUGUUUUCAAGACCGCGGCUGCCGUUAGGUUAUUCCUAUGUCACUACUGUGCCGCGAGGAGCCUGCAGGCUGAACAUCUCAGAGAUUAUAUCCAGUGAUAAUUAUAUAGCGUUGAAGAUAUCCAACGGUUCAUACAUAAUGAACGGCGAGUUUGCGGUGAGCACGGCGGGGACGUACGAGGCGGCCGGCGCGCGCUUCAUAUAUACGAGACAUGCAGGACAAGACGUAGUUUUUGCACACGGACCGAUUCAUCACCCUAUUGAUAUUAUGAUUCUUUAUACACAACCAAACCCAAGUAUAAAAUAUGAAUAUUUCACCGAAUCUCUACCAGGUGACAUUGAAUCAGAAUCUAUUACAAAAUCUGAUGUUACUGAUGUUUCACCUACAUCUACUUCGAAGCAUAUUCGAAGACAUCAUAAUUAUGAUGCUUUUUCAAGACCCAGUAGUUUCCCUAAACAUUUAGAUAUAAACAGAGAAAUGUCUGAAGAAAGUUUAGGAGAGAAUAUCAUCGGAACUAGAAAGUUCGUAUGGAAGAUAUUGUCGUAUUCUCAAUGCACUCGCAGCUGUGGUGGAGGUAUUCAACUUGGGAAAUACCGCUGCGUAGAAGCAAAUGCUGGGGAUCGUGAAGUAUCAAAUGUGCACUGCAUUGGUUCCGCUCCUUCCGCCCGCCGCAGGCGCUGUGGUGCAAUUCCGUGCCCUCCUCGAUGGCGAGCUGCUUCUUGGUCACCAUGUCCGCGCUGUGGCCCUGCUACCAGGCACAGGAUUGUGGGAUGCGUGCAAGAUCAUGCUAGAGGGAUAACUAAGAUAAGUGAUCAAAAAUGUCCAAUUCCCAAACCAUCGACCUCAGAAGAAUGCAACAUUCCUGAUUGCAAUGAAGUAAAUGGUGGAGAAGUAAGGCAAAUCACUUCAAAGCGGAUCCUGAGGCCAAGAGAGCAUACCGAAAACUUUAAAGCAGGACCUGUGUAUACCAUAGCAGUCAAUAGUACAAAUUUUGAUGUUGGUCCAGAAUAUUCCGUCAGUGCUACUGCAGGAUGGCUAUAUACAGAGUGGUCCGAGUGUAUAGGAUGGUGUGUAGGUGGUGGUAUACAAACACGAGGUGUACGCUGUGCUGACCCAUCGGGAUGCACGCCGCGGAAAGCGCCUGAUACAUUUCGCAGCUGCAUUCCUAAUGCUUCAUGUGAACCCACCGAAGGAACAUGGUUUACGGGUGAAUGGUCUUCAUGCUCCGGUUGCAAUGGUAAACAAGUCCGUGGAGUUCUUUGCAUCGGUGGAUCUGGACGACAUUUGAAGGAUUCUGCAUGUAAAUCGCCGAAACCUUCACAUAUUAAAGAUUGUCAAGCUGCUUGUCGUCCCACAUGGUACUCUAGUGAUUGGGGACAGUGUAUAAGCAACUGCACACCAAACCUAACUUCUGGAUUCCAACAACGAUCUGUGGCAUGCGCUCUUGCUGAUGAUGCUAAACCAAGUGGCGAAUGUUUGGGUUCUCCAAUACCACCUGCUAAACGUAGCUGUGAUGCUAUUUGUGACACCAUUGUUGUUACAACAUCAUCACCUGCUUUAACUAUCGAAUCUCACAAAGCUCUGGCUGAUGAGACACCUACAACUCAAAGAAGUACAACAAUUAAUCAUCUAUCGAAAGAUUGCAAAGAUAAGUUGGACAACUGUCUUCUAGCCGUACAAGCUCGACUCUGUCACUAUAAAUACUAUGUACAAAAUUGUUGCUACUCCUGCUCUAGCCGUUAG